AUGAAAUUGAAGACGAAGAGGAGCUUAUGGAGGAGGACGAGGACGGACACGAUGCGACAGCGCAGCGGUAAGCGCCGUCGGGUGGAGUUUGAGGAUGGGCACGUGGGCAGAGAGGAUGUGCUCGAGGCGGAGGUUGAGAGCGACUGCUACCUCCUGCAGCGACUACCUGUCGAAGUGUGGACGCACAUCUUGUCCUUCGUCUUGGCUAAGAAAUCUCCUUUCGCAUCACUCAGCGCUACCCUACUUACUUGCAAGCUGUGGCGAAGGAUCGGCUUGUCGUUGGUGACCUCCUACACAAUGUCGCCCAUGAAGCCCAAGAAGCUGGCCAGAAAGUGCCUCGCCUUUCUCUUUGGCAACUGCCCCAAUCUACGGUCGCUGCGCGUGAGGAACUGUCCCAUCGUGAACUCCAUGCUCUACCACUUGCCUGAGCGAAUCACACUUCUCGACUGUGGGUUCACGCAGAUCACCGAGGAGGCGCUGGAGUACCUUCCGCUGUCGCUGAAGGCUCUGUCUAUAGACAACAUGGCCAUCACAGACAAUGGUUUCAAUGACCUGCCGUCUCGGUUGGACACCCUUUCGCUGCGGCAAGUCAUCAUUUCACCCAUCAGCGCCAAGAAGAUGGCUCAACGCUUUACGCGCCUGCGAAAGCUCACCCUCUCUGCCCAGGUGACGAACGUGACGGCCUUCUUGCCGCCCUCGAUCGAGUGUCUUCGCUUACACGUGGGUUCCAUCGGAGACAAGAACUACCUCUGGAACGAUAACGUGAUCGCCACGCUCCUUCCGCUGCCUAACCUGCAGAUCCUCGAGAUCUCGCGAUGCAACAUUACCAACAGCAGCAAGCAGACGCUCGCCGAGACACGCGUGCGACAUCUGGUCAUCAGGCAGGCCAAGCUCUCGGACGACGGGAUGCGCUACCUCCCGCCGACGCUCAUCUCGCUCAUGCUCGAAAGCGUGCCGACCAUCACCGACGCCGGGCUCCGUGGCCUGCCGCUGGCCGUGCAGAGCAUGGCGCUGAUCAAGAUGGAGAAGCUCACCGGGCCGGGCCUGCUCAGCUUCCUCCUCGAGUCGGCGACCAACCUGCGCUACCUCGUACUCGACGAGGAGCUGCACGCCGCCCUGCGCGCCGUCGACGUCGAUCGCAAGCUCGCCGCCCGACGCAACCUGCACAUCAGCGUCAAGCGCGAGAACGAGCCUUGUCCCAAGCUCCAUCAGUUGCCUGUCCACCACCUUCCUCCUCCCGAUCAGUGA